AUACAACAUAACGGGAUAGAAAACACUUCAGAAAGUUGCAUCUGGGAUAAAUAUAGUGCUGAGCGUUCUGCCCGGCUUCUGUCACGACAGGCCUGUAUAUGCUAUGUAGUUACGACACAUCAGUCGGUUCGGCCACCGAUUGGACCACAGACGCUCAUCUAGGGUCAUCUGAUAUUUGCCCCAGCCCCGGUGAGCGGUGAGAUCAUUGUGUUGUUCACUGACUGUCAACACGACACGCUUGUCACGGUGGUAGAUAGAUGGAUAACACGCUGGUGGCUGGACUACACGUUAGAUAGGGCGAGCUCAGGCAAUCAGCAUAGCUCAAUGUGACGUAAAGUAACAGCGAUGGCUUUCCGCUCGUCCCAAGGUCUGGUGCAAAGCGUGGUCAUCCCGGCAUUGAUUGCUGUUUGGUCCACCGACAUCGUCUACGGAGAUAAUGGCGACACUGGGUUGCACAACUUCACACAGCGCGCGGAUGCAUCUGUGUUUACGGGGCCCUUUGAGUUCCUGCAUAUAGCCGACGCUGACAGCCCUGGUCACGCGUUGCUGACGGGCCUUGCACUGACGUGUGCCAUGUUGCUGGGCAUGGCCCUGAUGGUGGUGCUGUUCUUUGUGGUGCUGCCCCGCUGUAGCAGGGGGAAUGGAGGCAGCCAGUACGGUCUUCUGUAUAAUGACAACAUAACCUCAUCCGUGAACUCCAUCAGUGUGAAGACAGUUUGACGAGCACCUGACAAACAUUGCGCCAUUAACUAUGCAGGAUAUGCACGCUCUCUCCUGCAGACACUUGAAAUAUUCCAACUGUUAAUAUGUUUAUCGUUCAACAUUCAAUCAUAGUCCUGAGCCACUCCGUUAAGAGGCGGGAUGCACGGAUCACACCUGACAGUAUUUUGAUAUCAAAUCUAUGCUGAAAGCACUUUCGAACUUAUAAUGAGUGUGUAUAAUUUUUUCUUAUUACAAGACACAAGGGUGAUAUGUUGUUUAACCAUCGACAAUCAUUUAACCAUAUUAUUUCAGUCAGUGAACAAUAACAACCAGUAACCUCAGAGUGUAAAAGCACAAUCAAAGCUUAAGAGAGACCAGUGAUAACAUUUGAUUGUGAUGUCAUUGACACGAUGACCUGCAUUGCAUUUCAAACCGAAACGAUAUCUACUGUAGAAUCAAGUUUGGAAUGACAAGGACCAGUCUUUAUAUCCUAUGACUAUUGUAGGCAUUGAUAAGGUACCUUGAGACUUCAAGAUGAUAUGUACACUUACAUUUUUUAAUAGUAAUUGUAUUAAUGCAUGUAGUAUAUUUAUGCUAUAACUAGUUUCAUGUGACACGUAUCUGAUAAAUCUGUGGUUGAUAGAUUACAUGUAUCUUGGAAUGUUCUGGAGUGCCAAGGUGCUCUUAACCCCAUACCCGUUGGUACCCUUGCACCGUGUACGACAGCUUUCUACUCAUGGGCGCCAGUCCCUGUCGUUCAUACGCGGUAUAAACUGUUUAAGCCUUAUUUUGUCCUGCCAUUCUCAGGUAUUACCUGUUCUAUUCUCAUACAUUUCCUUGGCAAUAUACUCAGCGCCAACACAUGUAGUCCGUGCCCGUUUCUGUUUCUGUUAAGAAAGGUUGUGUGUCACCAUUCCGUCUUGUGUUCCUGGUUCAGACAGUGAUGACUCAAUACGCCGCAUGGUAUUUGAGAGAUCGAGAGCAGUACAGAAUAAUGUAAUGAACGCCUGGCACGUUCGCCUAUCACGUGACAGCACGGUUGUAUGUUUGACAGCUACUCGUAAAUAUUAUUUUCAAUAUGUUGUAAGCAUGGCGAAAAUGUUUUCAUUAUACGGUUUAUGUUAUACUUACACGAAAUAAACACUUAUUGCAAUUGUAUCAUCA